CCCACUCUGUCGUCAUUUUAUUUGUUUGUAGGGCCAACUAUCUCGUGUUCAAAUUGAGUUAUUGGUGGAUACAGUGCUGAAACUUCACCCUCAAGAAGUUCAAAUGUACCAAUCUUUUACAAAGAAAGAACUUAGUGUUGCCUACUUAGAGGGAGUGGAUUUGUUUAGGAAGGCCAUUCUUCGGCGGGGAUCCCCGGAAGAAUUUGCUCUCCAGACAGUGCAAGAAGCUAUAAAACCUCAGAGGCAAACCAAGUUAGUCCAGGAUGAGAAUCAGCUUCUGGAGAAUAUUCUGAGGUCCUUACUCCAAGAAUUAGUGACUUCUGCAGUACAGUCAGGGCAGAAAAUCAUGCUGUAUGGGCAAUCAAUUGAUGAAGAUGAAACUGUGCACGGUCAAAUUCCACGCCUUCUGGACAUUGUGCUAUAUCUUUCUGAGAAAGAGCAUAUUGAAGGUGGUAUGAUAUUUCAGCUUUUAGAAGAUUUGACAGAAAUGUCCACAAUGAGAAAUUGUGAAGACAUAUUUGGGUACAUUGAGAGUAAACAAGAUGUAUUGGGAAAGCCAGAACUAUUUGCACGAGGAAAACUUGUGAUGUUAAGAACGUGUAAUCAACUUCUCCGUCGCCUGUCAAAGGCAAAUGUUGUGUUCUGUGGAAGAAUCAUCAUGUUCCUUGCACACUUUUUUCCACUAUCUGAGCGCUCUGCUGUUAAUAUAAAGGGAGUAUUCAAUACAUCAAAUGAAACAAAGUAUGAGAAAGAACCUCCUGAAGGUCUUUCAAUUGAUUUCAACUUCUACAAAACCUUUUGGAGUUUACAGGAGUACUUUUGCAACCCGCCAUCUCUAUCUGUUGCCCCCACCAAGUGGCAUAAAUUUACUGCCAGUUUAAUGGUGGUUCUUAAUACAUUUGAGGCUCAGCCUAUAAGUGAUGAAGAGGGAAAUGCGAAUUACCUUGAGGAUGAGGCAGCAGCAUUCAACAUAAAAUAUCUUACUAGCAGUAAGCUGAUGGGUCUUGAGUUGAAGGAUCCCAGUUUCCGACGUCACAUUCUAGUUCAAUGCCUCAUUUUGUUUGAUUAUCUAAAGGCUCCAGGGAAAAGUGAUAAAGAAUUGCCAUCUGAAGUUAUGAAAGAAGAAAUAAAGACUUGUGAAGAGCGGGUGAAGAAACUUCUUGAAAUUACUCCACCUAAAGGAAAAGAAUUUCUUCAGUCCAUAGAGCAUAUUCUAGAGCGUGAAAGGAACUGGGUUUGGUGGAAACGUGAUGGUUGCCCUCCAUUCGAAAAGCAACAAAUUGAGAAAAAGCUAGGUCAAGGAGUGCAAAAGAAACGCCGACAGAGGUGGAGGCUUGGAAAUAAAGAACUCUCUCAAUUAUGGAAAUGGGCCGAUCAGAAUCCGAAUGCUUUAACUGAUCCUCUACGUGUGCGCACUCCUGACAUCUUAGACUACUGGAAGCCCUUGGCUGAAGAUAUGGAUGAUUCUGCUGGAAUUGAAGCCGAAUAUCAUCACAAAAAUAAUAGGGUUUAUUGUUGGAAAGGUCUCCGGUUUUCUGCUAGACAAGAUCUGGAAGGAUUUUCUCGAUUCACAGAAUAUGGAAUCGAGGGUGUCGUACCUAUAGAACUAUUGCCUCCUGAGGUAAGGUCAAAAUAUCAAGGGAAACCGAUCGACAAGUCUAAGCGGGCCAAGGAGGAAACAAAAACUUCAGUGCAACAAGCAGAAGGAAAUCAGGCAACAAUACCAGCUGGAGAGGUAGGCGCUGAGGGAAGUAGACCUGAGCUGGAAACCUCAUCCAGUGCUCCAAUGGACACAUAUACUGCUGGGAACAUUUCUCAAAGCGGACCACCAACUCCAGAUGAAAACCAGAAGGAAAGCUCUGAAACUGAUGGUCCGGAAGCUGGGCAAAUGGAAGCUGAUGCAGAAACACCACAGAUAGAAGCUGAUGUGGAACUACCGCAGAUGGAAGGUGACGUUGAAACAGAGGCAGGAACCGAAACAGGCGAUGCAGAUGGCUGAUUAAUACAUGCGAGGUGAGCACUUGAUAGUAGAAGCUAUAUCCCUGCAAUGAAACUUCUUUUCAUUAUAGUGUUUGGAGACCAGGAAUUCGAUUUAAUUAUUGGAUUUGAAAUGAUCAAAUUACAUGAAGAGAGUGGAUUUGUAAUUGAGUUCUGUUCGGAACUAGAGGAAUUUGGCCCAAAUACAAAUCGUUCUGUUUUUUUGGUUUCCCAAACAUUUAAUUCUGGUCAAAUCUGAAUUUGGAAUCCAGUUUUAAGUUUCCAAACAGGCUAUAAAGAGAUUUGGAUGGAAAGACACCCUUAGAGAAGAAGAGGCUGGAUUUGCAUUUCCCACACAGCUCAUGAGUUCAUUUCAACCAUAGCAAACAGUUAAUGGCAUGCUCACUAUGGACAU